AUGGAGCCCGCAAAGAAGGACCCUAACCGCGAGCUAUUGGCAAAAUAUGGUCAUCUAAAGCCAUCGUUCAUCAGCAAGUUACCUCACGUCGUAAUCUUGAUGAUCAUAGAGCUUGUCUUGACACAUGAUAAUAUGUGUUUCCCGGAUGCCCCCAAUAUCAUCGAAGCUUUCGAAACCGAAGCAGAAAUGGUGACCCUCUUGUAUUCCGUCGAUUACUUCACCAAAAAUGUCCGAAAAGCCAGGCUGGACCAUGAUUCUGUUGACAAGUUCCCUCAGUUGGCUCUCGAAGAAUUUCUUAAGGGAAAAGGCUUUGAAAACAAACCUCGGCCACAAUUUGUUUGCGAGCCCUUCGGACUUGGAAGACAUUUCGUUGUGUUGAAUAUCACACAUCUUGAUUUGAGCUUGAGCAUCAACUUAGCUAAAUCAGCACAUGACGAACUAACAUCUGUCAGUGAGACCAACACAAAAGCAUUGGCAGCCAAAUUGAAGAAGCAUAUGAUGAUAGGCAAGACAUACGAGUUGAAUCAAUACUUCGUUUAUCUUGCGGGUCAGCUGAAGGACUUGCGUGUCACUAGAGGGCUGUUCACCCGCCAGACCACAAGAUUUCAGGUCUCUUUAAUUUUGCAGUUUUUAAGACAGAUAUCGCUUGCUUUUAGUGCCAAAAAGCUCCUCAAGUUUGUUGUUAUCGAUAUCCCCUCCAAUAAUAAGGCAUUUAUGAAGGACUCCGACGACACUCUGUGUAAGCUCAUGGGUGGCGUCAGUCUCAUCUUUGGUGCCCCUUCCAAGAGAACCUAUAUCGAGGGCAAUGGAGUACAUUCAGAUGACGUUGUUACCGAAGCGAUAUUCACAUGGGAGGCGGCCGGAGGCUUGAAGAUGAAUGUUCCCAAGAUCAAUAACAUCAUGAAAUCAGUCUCAAAGAAGAGCGGGACAAAAGCAGAAAUACCACGGAGUCUUCGAAGACACUUCGGAGAAACAUUGGCACGAGUGCGUCAAGCGAGUCUGUGGGUAUAA